GGUAGUUAAAGUCACUGCAAGGACAAGCAGGAAUUCUUUGUGCUGCGGAAGGGCCGAGAUAUAAACCAGACUGUAGAAGCUGAUAUAUGACAGAAGAGGAGACACUGUUGUCCAUGGACUAAACUUUAGCUACUACUAAGUGAGAAAGUGAGGAGAAUCUCUUGGGCAUCAUGGACGAUGACUUUGACCGCCGCAUGGAGCUGAGGAGGCAGAGAAGAGAGCAGAUGCGCCUCGAAGCCGAAAAGGUGGGUUACCCCAACGAUGAUGAUGAGGAAGAAGCUCGGGAGCGAAGGAGGCGUGCGAGGGAGGAGAGGAAGAAGAUGAAAGACUUAGAAGAAUCUGGAACCAGUGAUGUGAUCAGUACUAACAAUGUGACAGAGACUGAGUCGUCCACAACCAGUACUGGAGGGGCAGAUGAUGACCAGGCGUUGCUGGAGCGCCUGGCCAGGAGGGAGGAACGCAGGCAAAGGAGAAUGAAGGAGGCCAUGGAGAGACAGAAGGAGCUCGACCCCACGACUGGCACCACCAACGGCACAGACGUUGCACUGGAAGAGCAGUCUUCUAUGAGCAGCAGGCAGCAACCUACAGAGGAGGAGAAGGAGAAGGAGGAGAAAUCUACCCAGGAGGAGGUGACACUCACUGAUACUAAUUCUUGGAGGAAAGAGGAAGAAGACACAAAGGAGGAUGAGAAGGAAUCUGUUGAAGAAUCAAGAACACAGAUCACAAGAAAUGAGGAGGAGACUGAGGAGAAAGCUGCAGUAACUGAGGUGGAUGCUGAGCAGCCAAGUCUAGAAAAGAAAGAUGCUGAAGAGGAAUCAGUACCUGCUGUUGAUGAUGAGGAAGAAGACAAGCAGAGGAAAGAAGAAGAGGAAAGGCAACAAAAAGAAAUGGAAGAAAAGCAGAGGCUAGAGGAGGAAGAGAGACAAAAAAUGGAAAUGGAGGAAAAACUUGAGGAGGAUGAGAAGAAGAAGAAAGAUGAGGAGGAGAAGCCAAAGAGAUUUGGGUUUAAGGAGAAGUUUGAACCAGUCAAACAGAAUGGAGCUGUCAUUGAAAAUAAAUUAAAGAAAACAGAAAAGAUAUCGAGCAGGGACAAUCCGCCCUCCACUAAGGCAGAAGACUUGGAGCGGCAGGAGGCUGAGCGAAAGCUGCAGGAGCUGAAGCGUCGGCGGAACAAUGCAGAAAGUGAGGAGUUUGAGAAGAUGAAGCAGAAACAACAGGAUGCGGAGGCCGAGCUGGAGGAGCUGAAGAGGAAGAGAGAGGAGAGGAAGAAGAUCCUGGAGGAGGAGGACAGGCAAAGGAAGCAGGAGCUAGAGGAAAAGAAAGCCAAGGAGCAGGAGGAGAGAAAGAGGCUGAAGGAGGAAAUAGAGAAAAGGAGGGCGGAGGCUGCAGAAAAGAAGAAACAGAUGGAGGAGGGGUCGACAAAGCCUGCCUUCACCGUCAGCCCCAAAGGCUCCUCUAAGAUUGGUGAGAAGGCAGAAUUCCUGAACAAGUCUGCCCAGAAAAGCACCACAGCCAGAGUGUCACACACUCCUAUUGUCUCCAAGAUUGGCAACAGACUGGAACAAUACACUUCUGCCAUCCAGGGAAACAAAGAUGUAAAGUCUUCCAAGUCUCCAGUGGCAGAUAUUCCUACAGGGGGCACACGCAGCAUCAAAAGUAUGUGGGAGAAAGGCAAUGUGGGCAGCUCCUCUGAAGUUCCCUCUCCUGCAAACAAGGAUGUGGCUGGUCUCAAAGGAAGUGUGGCCGGACGCGUCAACAGUUGGACAGCAAAACCGGCAGAAAGCGACAAGUCGGUAGCACCCGCGCCUGCAGCAGCAGCACCAGCAGCAUCACCAGCAGCAGCAGCUGCAGCAGCAAAGCCCACAGAUGUGAAACCAGCUGACGUCGGUAACAAGCGUGGAAUGUGGGAAGCCAAGAAGGGCUCUACGCCUGGAAAGGUGGCCGUGGGAGGCAAGUUUUCUCGUUAAUGCAGGAGUGAGCCCCUAACCAUUGACAUCCCAGUUACAUCUGUUCAAACUCACAGCUCUGCUACUGUAUGUUCAUCUAUUCCUCUUCCACACAGCUGUAUUUUGCAUGAGGCUCACAUCAGGAUGAGGGGAAGAGGAAUGGUAUAAUGGGAUCCUGAGUCAAAGCCUUCCAGCUAUAGCUUUAUAAUAUGAGUACUUUUGCUUGCUGCCUGUUUUGGCGAAACCAAGCUUUGAGAUUUCGUUCAACAAUGAAAACAUGAACUGACUUCUGUCUGCGGCUAUAACAAAUUUGAAUGGCAUAUUACACUUUUUAACAGCUUUUACAUGCUUAAUACUCAGUAGUAAACUAAUAAUGUCCAUUAGCUGUUCUACUCACUAUUUUACACUCAUAACUGUAGCAAAUUUCUUGAGUUUGUGAGUCUGUAAUUUUGCUUUCAGCUAGCAUGGACAUGUCUAGGAUUCAUGUGAUGUAUUUGUGCUUUGAUGCUAUGUCAUGUAGCUUAUACAGUACACAGUAAUUACUUUUUUUCUUUAUGGCGAUUUGUGCUCACUGCUUUUUUGUGAUGAAAGUCGCAGUUUUGAUUCCACAGAAAAUAUACCCUACCCCACAGCUGGAUGUUGGAUGCUAAGCUUGUAUAUAAUUGACUUGUUUUGUUGGUUUCAGUUUCUGCUCCUUCAAUAAGGGUUUUUGCCAUGGCUUAUAAGCCCUUUACAUGUACAUCAUAUUAAAAGCAAUUAGUAAAAAAGUUUGGGGUUGUGAAGCUAUAAAGUAACCUCUCUGGCUAAUGUUUACAAUUUUGGUACCAGUUAUUUAAUAUUUUCUAACAAAUUAACAACUUGUCCAUAAAGGUACAAUAAAUAAAUCAUUAAGCAUUCUAUUUGAAGGGGAAUGACUAUAGGGAUCCCAAAGAAUGGCCAAAAAAAAAA